AAGAAAUGAAAAAAUUUACUGAUGUCGAUAGGACAGGAGUAUAAUAUGCCGAAAAUGAACUUUUCAUUUUGAUGUAAGUCUUCUUAGGAAUUCUUUAAAAUUAGUUUCAUCUUUCAGCAUAUUUUUUAACCAGAAUAGAGAGAUAAGAGCGGAAUCGUCCCUUCUGAAGACGAACUUCAAUUGCUUUGUUUAUGUGACAUUCAGUCAUGCAGAUAGCUACUAAUGACUAGAUGAUUACUGGACGGGAAGAUCUGCCAUACACCGAGAAUUUUGGGGUUGAAGUUGCUCGUCGUUAACGAAGUUGCGAAUUCAAUAUGGCAACCGGAAGUUGGAGUCACCCUCCUCGGCCAUUUGAUGAUGUAGACGUGGAAGCGAUAGAUACACUGUCCCUUGACUUUGGACGUUUUGAAAGAGUUAACAGAUGGAAAGGAAUGCCGGAAUGUGACGAAUUUGUUGGAGCAAGGUAUCAACUAGAGGGCUUAUGAAGAUCAUUUUGAGAUAAAUGGCAAUGGGACCCCCCACCCCCUCCCCUCCCCCCGGCCAUUAUGGAAGGCAACUCUCGGCAUAUGGUCGUUUGGAAUUUUCUUUUCAAAGGAGCUUAAAACAGUACCCCUUUUUGAUACCCAGAAGACUGGAAAUUACAGUUCAGAUUUCAAAUUUUUUCAAUAGAGUGUACCUAUAUCUCCCCCACUGCCCCCUAGGGAAAAAGGACCCUCUUCCAGGGGAAACUGCUGGUUACCCCAUCAGCAGGCACUUAUAGAAAAAGUCAAUGAAACCCCUGCUUUCAAUAACUUUUUCAUGAAUUUCUACAUGUAAAAUAGUUUUUGUUUCACUUUCUAGACGAAGCAAACAUACUCUUGUUGCCUGGAAUGAUGCAUUGUAUGUUUUUGGUGGUGACAAUGGGUAGGUAAAUAUUUUUUUAUUAUUAUGUCUAUUUAAUUAUGUAUUCAUUCCAUUUUAUUAACCUGCAAUUUUUUGUUGCUGUUAAUAAAUUUUAGGGUUCACCAUAAAUCUUGAUGUAAUUCUGUCUAAUUUACAGAAAGAGAAUGUUAAAUGACAUAUUGCGAUUUGACAUCAAAGACAACUCAUGGAGCAGGUAAAGUGGAGUAUUCAAAUUGACCAAUAAUCUAUCCUGAUUGACUGUUUUAGGUUAAUGUCAACAUGAUAGGGUGCCAUUUGGAAAAAUCUUCCUAGUGCAUGCUACUUCAAAAGGAACCAUGGAAACGUCUAUGCCACUGCAAAGCUUAUUAAGUAUAUAUAUUCUGAAAGUUGACACUCUUUCUCUUGGCAGGCAUGCAGAAGCCUUUUAACACAAAAAUUGUUUUAAAGGUUUUUCAGUUUUUUUCUACCAAUAAAAUAAACUGCUUUUUCUAACUUAAAAGUGAAAAAACCCCAUUAUUUUGAAAUUUGUUACAGAUUUCAUCGAAAGUAAUCUUUCAAAACAAGCGGACAUAUAAACAUGAUGUUAUAUUUUCCAUGAUUUGAAACCUAACAAAGUCUAUUUAUACUAUUCAGAGCAGUAACCAAAGGAACUCCACCAGCACCUCGCUAUCACCACUCAGCUGUGAUAUUUGGAUCCCACAUGCUGGUGUUUGGAGGGUUUACAGGUUAUAUUUUGUUAUCAUUGAGUAACAGGUAGUUUUUGGUUGGUCAUUGAUCUUCAUUUAGACAAUUGGUCUAGUGCCAUCCUCUCAAUGAACCUUUUACACCUUAAGUAACAUCAGUCUGCACAUUCUCCACACUGUUCUUUUAUACAUCUCUCAAUGUGCUGAUAAGGAGAAUUUGUUUACUAAUCCAAAGUUUCCUUCCCUGGUGACCAUUACCUUUAUUCUCAUGACCUUAAUGUGUGAUUCAGGAGUGGUAUUGUAGGAAGAAAUUAGAUGCUAGUCAUUCUCAGGGUUUAAAGGUUUCCACAUGUGCUAAACUAAAACCAAGCAUUUGCUCUGAUGAAGGGCUAAUGCUUGAAAAGUCAGCCUUAAAACUCUCUACAGUGGCCAAUUUAUGUAAUUAACUUGGUUGAUAAUUCUUAAGUACCCCUGUUUAAACCAAGCAUAACUUGUUCUCCCACACUCUUUGCUGUUUUCCUUACUUUUAGGUCUCAGUGGCUAAUUAUGAUAUUGACCUUGGUUUUGAUUGGCUGUUUAACAUUGUGAUAACUCUGAGUUUGGUAUUUUAACCUUCAAUUGAAAACUGCUCUGAUUUAUCAACUAACAAAUAGAUUCCAUGUUGUUGUGCAUCUGUUCAGUAAAAGCAAAAAAGUGGUACACGAGGCCCUGUCGAAGUGUCACUGAAGUUCUUGACCCUUUAGCCCCUAAGAGUGACUAGCAUCUAAUUUCUCCUUACUAUAUCACACCUGAAUCAAAGACAAAAGUCAUGAGAAUAGAGGAGAUGAUCAUCAACUUAAGCAGCUCUUGAUUGUUAAACAAAUUCUCCUUGUCAGCCUCUUUGGAAAUGUAUGGAGAACAGUAUAGAGAAUAUGCAUACUGAUUUUAGGAUGUAAAGGUUUAACUCUUACCUCUUCGAUGAUCUAUCCUCCAAUAGAUCAUAAGAUCUUAAUAAAAAACCAAUCAAAAUGAAUCCAUAAUUUAGCUUUUCAUACUUAUGAGAGUGUUACCCACAAGAUUUUUUCAGAGCUCAGGAAUACUGAAUUUUUCAAUGUUAAUGUUUGUUGAAGGUGACCUUUACUCAAAUUCUAACCUACAAAACAAGAAUGACCUAUUUGAAUACAAAUUCAGUACUGGGCAGUGGUCAGAGUGGCGCUUAGAAGGAAGGUUUGUGAUGUUAUAUUUUAAGUCAUGCUUGAUCUUAUCCUCAAAAUUCAUGGACCAAAGAAUACUUGGUUCGUAUAUUAGUCUUAAAGUUUGAAUUUUCAAAAGUCAACAUUGAACAAAAUACCUGAGGAAAAAAGGCUUGUGAAAGUGAAUUGGCAAAUUGAGGAGUUUAUAUCCUAGAGUUCAGUUUUGGAGUCUAUUUUUUGUACUGAAUUAUUAAGAUAUUGACAUUGGAUGAUUUCAACAAGUUAAGAAUAAGUUUUUGGAUCUAAGGCAGAGGUUUUACAGCAAAGUUUAGAUUCUUAGGGCAGAGGCAUUUAGGAACUGGAAUCAGGAAAAAUUAUUGAAAGCAACCACUUAAUCCAUGACCUCAAAGUCUGGCUUUACCACCACUGCUUGCUAGUCAAAUUCAGCAAAUAUUGCUGUAUAUUUGUAACCCACUUUCCUCCAUUCACGCAACUUUUAAAAUUUCCUUGUCAUUUUAAAUAUGUUUAAUGAUUUUUUCCUCAUUAGAUUGCCUCCUGCAAGAUCUGCACAUGGUGCAGCAAUCUAUAAGAACAACUUGUGGAUCUUUGCUGGUUAUGAUGGCAACAAAAGGUUCUUAUCUGGUCAUGUUAAUAUUACUGAAUGUCUCUUGAAAAAAAAAAAAAAAAAAAAAAAAGAAACAGUGGCAAGUCCUCUCAGGCACAUCUCCUAUAUUGUAAUUGACAACGAAAGUCCAGUAUUUAGGUCUAAAGGUACUGCACAGUGGUAAAGCUAAAUGAUUUGAUAUGGAAUUAUGUAUAUUUCAUUUUAGGUUAGAUGAUCUUUGGACCAUUUGUUUGACAGAUCCUAACCCAGUGUGGCAGGAGGUUGGUGAUCUGUUUUUGUACUGUACCAGCUGUGUAGAUAUUUGUAUCACUGUAGGUGGAAAACAAUUGAAGGCAGUUUUACCAGGAGUGAAACCUGUAAAGCAACCACACCUGUCCACCAGAAAAAGAAGGAAGUAUCUCAAAUGGCCAAUGAAGAUGCUAUUAUAGCAUAUGAUGGGUGGCAAUCAUGAAUGAUGAAUUCAUUAAUGCAGAGCUCUCAAGUUGAUUUGUCAUCAAAGGGGAAAUUUUUUCAGUUGCAUAGCCUUUGAUUGUGAUGCUGGGGGCAUUACUUCCUUGAGGGGUAUAGGGGCAUACUCCCUCAGAGAAAAAAUAAAGUUGCUAAGACAUGCAGUCCUUUAUUCUGAGCAAGAAUUUCCAUCACUGUAAAUUGUUUGAAGUGAGUUCAAAGGGAAGAAGUUGUAAAUUACAAUUAGAAGGGUAAUUAAUUUUAUAGUUACAUAAUUAAAGUAGAAGUUUGCUAUCUCAAAAUCAAAAGUUUAAAUCAGGAACCUUAAAUGUGUGAGAACAACUAGUUUCAGCAUGAAAGUGUAAGACUGAAUUCAUUUGUAUGAGUAUACUGCUUUAAAAUGUGUGAGACUUCAGAUCUUUGUGAUUGGUUUUAUGAUUGGUUACUUUUCCAUCUGAUUGCUGGAGAGAGUGGCAGAAUAUUUUUAGACCAAUCAAAAGGUGCAAUGAAGCAAAACCAAUGCAGUCCUGGAUUACUAUCAACAUUGCAUUGAAACAUACUCUGAACCUCUUCAAUCUUCAGGUGCAGCAAUCGGGUGACAGGCCACCCACUUGUUGUAACUUUCCUUUAGCUGUUGUGAGGGACAGUAUGUUUGUGUUCUCUGGUCAAAGUGGAGCAAAGAUUACAAAUGACAUGUUUGAGUUCAGUUUCUUGGAUCAUAGGUAAUAGUGGAAAGUUUUGAAGUUUGAAAUAUUAUUACUAGAAACAAUUUAAAAAUUUGUGACAGAAGAUGUGACAAGUGGUGAAUGGAGAGAGAGCCAUUACUUAAUUUGAUCAGAAUUUGUUGUCAGCAAGUAAGGAAGUACUUUACUGUUUUUUGUCAGUAUAAAAUUUUGAAAAGGGGUCCUUGGUCAUGCAGGGUUUGAAUAUGUGUAGAAAAAAGGUCACAGUUUUAAUCAGUUUUGGAAUAAAAACGAUUUGGCUCAGAUUAAAUUUGAAUUAUAAAUUACCGAAGAUGCAAUUUGACCAAGGAAUUGGGUAUGUUUUACUAGAAAACUUCUUCAAUGUUUCUUGGUCAGAAACUUUCUUAUUUCAGGCAAGGAUUUUAGAAAGCAGGUGACACCUAACACCCCCCCCCCCACCUGAAUUUUUUACAAGAGCGUCAUCCCCUGAUAACCUUGCAUCUCUUGAACAGAAAGGAUAAUUGUUGAAUAAGUGUGUUGGUGUAUGAGAAGAGAUGAAAACUUUGCUAUGAAGACUUGGCAAAGUGGUGUGAAGCUUGUUUGAAGCUUCUGGCCGUUUUACGUCCAGAAACUUUAGCCGUCAGGCGUACAAAUUGACAAAUUUUAAGCGUUAGUCGUGAAAAAAGGUAACCGUUAAAAGAUUUCUGGCGACAAUUUUGGAAUGAUAUAAACUGUUAGCCGUAAAAAUCCGCCACCCUAUUGAGACCUUCUCACAUGCGCCAUUUUACGCCUCUCUUUCACCAGGUGGACUCGUAUUCCUUCUGCGCAUCUGUUACGCGGUUCACCCCCUCCCCCUCAGAGGCGUUAUGGUCAUAGCAUGGUGCCAUUUGACCGCUAUUUGUACGUGUUUGGAGGAGUUGCAGAUAAUACGUUACCAUCAGAUCUAUACAGGUUGGGGUAUAUGUUGUAUGUAGCGGAAGUCACAUGCCACCAAAGGUAGUCUCAAGAUUUCGUAGUGACAACCAAUCUAUUUAUGCUGGCUGGAUAUAGCUUUUCAAUAGACAGCAUGAGACUUCGUAGAGCACAUUUCGUUUGAGUGUCUUUAACCCUUCAAAUUUGAUCUGGGAGUUUAAGGGUUAAGGCAAAACCAAAGUAAUCGUGAGGGCCAAUCAGAGCCGUGGUAAAUGAGAAUUCCAGUGAACAAGUCACGAUUGGUUUUAUUUUUGCUUCUGAUUGGUUGAGAAGAUGGUGUCGUGAGUUAUUUAGACUAAUAAUAGAACGAAGUAUAGAAAAACCAAUGCACUCUCAAUUUAAAACUUCACCAACGAGAUGUUUGUAUAGCUAGGUACCAGUUUCUACAUGUACAAUUUUUUUGUCUUUAUUAGGUUCUCUCUUGAUGAUAAAUCUUGGGAGGUUGUUCAACCGGCACAAGAUCGUGAGGUACGACUGAACCAUUCGGUGCAAUGAGGAAUGAGUGUUACCGCGCUUGUUUAUGUUUAAGAACGCUUUUCGAUUGACAUAGGAACCACAAUGGCCAAUCAGAAAAAAGUAAAAUACCCUAAAGAGCCAAUGAGCACUUAAGGUAAAAAAUAGCCCACUGUCUAAAGCGCGGGAAAACGCCGGUGACGAAGUCGUGAUUGAGUUUGGGUUUGCAUCUGAUUGGUUGAGAGAGUGGCGCGAGUUUUCUGGACUCAUCACAGAGCGAAGUAGAGCAAAACCAAUGCAAUUCUGAAUACUUUCGACGCUGAAUUGAAAACUGAUCUAAACAUACAUGCACUCGUUUCGAAAGGCUCGAGAAAUUGUUGCCUCGUGAGCUCAAGAAUGUUGAGGCUCGUUUAUUCAUCACUACAAAGUCAUUUAUUAACAUCCAUGUUGGUUUUGUUCAAGUGAAUGCGCCAGACAAGACUUACAAGCAUUUUGUAGUUCCAUCCUGGUGUUGCUUUUUUAGCAGGGCUAAUGUCUACAGAAAAGGCUCUCUGAGUAAGAUUAUACCCUCAAGAGACUAAUUCCGGCUGAGAAUAUAAAAAUUUUGUCCUAUUUCUUUUUAGGUUCCGUCAGGACGCCUCUUUCAUGAUGCGGAUGUUAUCAACAAUGAGAUGUAUAUAUUUGGUGGCACUAUUGAUAACAACAUACGAAGUAGCGAACUGUACAGAUUUCAGGUAGGGAAACGGAAGGGAAUUGGAUUCUCAAGUCCACUUAAAAAAGCCUAGUGGGCUUGUAGAAUAAUAGUUACAUAUAUAAGUUGCAUGCGUGUUCAUUCCUUCCUUGUUCCGGCCUGUCUUAAAAUCUGUUCAUCCAUCUUACUCUUUAAGUCUGGAACAAGCCGUUUUUGAUGACAAUACGCCAUGAUAUUUUGUACUGAUUAUAAGUUAAGUACGAAAACUGCCCUUGAUUAUAUGGAAGUUGGGAGACAAUAGCUUUCCAGAGAAAGGAAUGACGACAUGAUGACGAUGGUUAAGUAAACAGAAAAUUAAAACGGCAAAUGAUAACAAAGGAGAAAUGCCUUUUUCAAAAGUGAUUCGAGAAUUUUCUAGUUAUGUCCAACUGGACACAAAGCUGACUUGUUGUUAUAAACAUUUUUACCCCUGCAGUUGGCGAGUUAUCCCCGUUGUACUCUCAGGGGUGAUUUUGGUCGGUUGUUGGACAGUAAACAGUUCUGUGAUAUGGUCUUCAUUGUUGGCAAGGUUAGCGCAAUAAUCUUCUUGUAGCUCGUUUUAUUUAAUUGCAAAAUUAUUUGUUUAUUCUCCACUGUUUCUUUUCUGCCUCUUAAAAAGGAAACGUAUUCAGCGAUCGUGUAUUUUAAACUUCUUGUGAUGGAAAUAUGUUAUUUUUUUUGUCAGGAAGAAACUCAGUUCCCGGCCCACGCGGCCUUUGUUGCGGCUAGGUCGCCGUGGCUGAGGAAACAACUGUUGCGUGCUAGGGAAAAGUUGAAGGUCAGACAAUUAGCCCGCUGUUUAGUUUUGGUAUUUGCCGUGUUUCUUUUCAGGUGAUUCUCAAAUAGGGUAAGAACAAAGAGAGGGGACUUGAGCUGAAUGCUAGUGUGUGAAAGAAGUGCGCUUUUUCAGCGGAAAAAAGAUAAAACAUUACCUCAAUAAAGUCAGCCUCGUUUCUGAGCUAGUAAAAAUAAUUGGAAGGUGUCAAUCACGUAGUGCGUGGUAUUCAUACCUAUGUAAAUAACAAUAAGGCUCAAGAGAGUCAGCUCUUUGGUGGAAUGUUUGCAUACCUUCCUUCAAUUCCCCUUGUUUGAGUGUUCUUUCGUGAUAUUUGUAUGCCGCCUAAGGAUACUAGCCAUUGUGGGGCUGUAGACAUCGUAGAAAUGCUCCAGCUGUAUGAUAACUCUCGCGUUCUCUGACUUUAGAGAGCAAAUGGAGACAGAUAUCAGGAUCGAGAAGUGGGAAACCCGGAAGUAAAGUUACCGGAAGUCGAAGUUCAGUCCUUUGCGGUGACGCUUCGUUAUAUGUAUACAGAUUGUAUUUUCCCAUUAGUGAAAGGUGAUGAUUUUUUUUCCCCUUCGUCAUGUACUUAGUUCAAAACAUCGGUAGACAGACCAAAAUAGUUGAAUUCAACCCUGUUAACGUUGCUUUUAAGAGUCUUUCAUUAAAAUCUUAAUCUGACUUUCAGGUAGACUAUAAAUACUGUUUGAAAAAAUCUUUCACUUAUUCCAAACAGAUUGCCAGGGUUCACAGGAAAUAAGUCUGAUCAUGGAUGUGUACAGGUUGGCCCUAAAGGUAAGAUGGAGACAAGUCCACAUGAGCUCUUUUUGAACGUCAACGACCUCACAAAGUAAGUAGCCUUGUAGUUUCGCUGAUAGAGCAGUUAAUUGAAUAAUUUUUAGAAACAAUUUUUCCUACAGGAGAGAAAUACACAUCUCUUUAGAGUGUCGAAUAUAAUAACAAAGACGAAGCUUGAUUAAGAUUAGACCUUUAAAAAACGAACAGAAAAAACUAAAAACACGAACAGGCUGAAAUUUCAGGUAUGACACGCUUCAUUGGAACGUUUUUUUUUUCAACUCAUGUGCUAUGAGAAAUAACCAUCGAUUGUGUGACAGCGAUUUGUAACGUAUAUAUAACUCUUUUUGACCCGAUGUUUCAUGGCCUUUUGUGUAAGCGAGCCCCUAUGUCGGUUAAUCAAAAUAGGUACACGAAAAGAGCAGAACUGAAUUUUGAUAUGCUCCUUUUGCCAGCUUGAGAUUGGUGCGCUUGAAGCGCUUUGUGUACAGUACAUCGAGUCUUCCAUCUGUCAAGAGAACGUUCUUGUAGCGCUCGAUAGCGCCGCCCGGCUGCAGCUGGAUCCACUAAAGGUUUGUGUUUUAACUUUGGAGUCAAGUGAAGCUUUAGACUGCUUUAAGGCUUACCUUACCCCGGUUUUUUAUUAAUUUAUUUUUUACUGAAUAUAUAAGUCGUAUGGAACACCUCAAUGAAUUUCUAAUACGAAUCGUUGGAACUGUACUUUACCUCUCCGAUUAAGGCUUACCUUACUCCGGUUUUUUAUUUAUUUAUUUUUUAAUGAAUAUCUAAGUCGUAUGGAACACCUCAUUCUCGGAGACCCAGGAGCUGUAAGUCGAUUUGAAGUCAGUGCGGGUGAGCCCCUGGAGACAUUGCCCUACCAGAGCUCCCUGUCUUGAAGUCGACUCACAGCCCCUGGGUCUCCGAGGAUGGGAAUACCUCGACAGGGUAGUGUGCCGAGAAUUUGAUCAAUCGCCAGUAAAUGAACACAGAAGGGGGGGAAGGGAGAGGAGAUAAUGAGACAAACGAGCAUUCUCCCCAAAGGAGAAUGCUCUACCUAAUUUUCUCUUUCGUUUUUUGUUUUUGUUGUUGUUUCACAGGAUUUCUGCCUUCGUUUCAUUGUUCGUGAGGCAAACUACAACAACAUCAUUAUGAGCAAGAAUUUUGAGUCUGUACCUCAGAAACUUAUGGUUGAGAUUAUCCGGAGACGGCAGGUUCCACAGGUAAGAAGGAUAGCGCUUGUUCUUUUCCCUUAUGGAAAUAUGUUGUCAUUUAACUAAAUAAAUAUUGGUUAUUCACUUUCCUUUUUUUAGGCGAUGGCUCAUGUUCCGGGAGAAAAUCAGUGCAGAUCGACGCACCCAGGUACUUGUCAACAAUUUAGCGUUCAAGCUGUUUAAUCUUUCCAUUAUUCUUUACCACUCUCCUAUGCCACUCUUAUCACUGAUCAUUCUGAAUAUUUUUUUCAGAAAAGACCCUACAACAAGACAUGAUGGAGUUUUUCCAGGGCGCGCGCGGUGAGGAUUUCCAUGACAUCACUUUGAUGUUGGACGGGGAACCAAUCGGAGCACACAAGGUAAGACACAGUUGCUGUUGUCAUUUUCUAUGUCACAGCGUUUGCAUUAUAUUUAGAGAAAUACCUCUUGGAAAGUUCGUCUCAGAGAAGAUGUUGAACCGCAGUUUUUCGGUUGAGAAGGAGUUUCAAAGUACUUCGCUUCCCUAGAGCAGCAAGUAGACUUAAAAACUUCUUUUAUGUAAAAGUAGCUUGUGGUUUAUCUCGCCAGUGGGGUCUGUGCCACUCACUCGGCUGGUUGGUUAUCCCACAAUUGAAUUGUAUUUAAUCCAGUGGAUUCUCUCUAAUUGAGUUCGCAAUGUUAAUGUAAGAAGAUCCCGUUGUUUCAGAGGCGCAAAUGAAGCUAAAAUUCUUAGUAACCGUUUUAGAAAUUUCUCACGGUACUUUAAUGAUCAAUGACCAGGAAGAUUCAUUAAGAAGUAAAAAUAGACGCCAUUUUAAACCCCCCUCCCCUCAUUUGGAUCGAACCCCCCUUGAUUGGGAUAAUUUAUUUUAUGUUUUCUAACCAACCUCUGUUCUCUACGUAUUCUUUCUCAUUAGGCAGUGUUGGCUGCAAGAUGCAGGUAGGGCGUUCAAUCUCUAUUAGCUUCUUACACCUUUCAUUCUUUCUCAGGCGAGCAGAUCGAAAGAUAUAAAAACAAAAAUAUCAGCUAAGGGAUGCCACCAGAAUGUAACGGAAAUACUGAGUUGGAAUUAAGUAUGUGGCUCUCAAAGUGGCUCUCCGCAGUGAGAAACAGAAUUGACCCACAUACUGACCAACAGCAACGAUUGGAAAACAACUGGAACUGCCUAUGGCAGAGCUCUAUCCACUUAUCAAUCGACGAGCUCUUAUUAAGGCACCUCAACCAUUAGGAAAACGAUCUACUUUAACUGAAAGGUUCGACGAGGUUUUCCAGACGCUUCUGUCAAUCACCAGCUUCUGUGCGGAAAAUUUCCAGUAUUACUCAUUGAGACUAAAAUAUGAAGUUAGAAUUAAGUAAAAACGUUAAAUGCCAGGUAAAAAAAAACAGUAAUUUCCUGAAUAGUAAACCUGUUUCAAUUACCUUCUACUUGGUUUGCUUGCUCUGCGUCGACCAGUAGCGAGAGGUCUGGUUACGAGGCAGCUAGGGGUGAUAAUGUUAGCUGAUGUUUUCUUUUCGUUUAUUUCCUUCCGUUUUCUUUACAGUUACUUCGAGGCAAUGUUUCGAUCAUUUAUGCCCGUGAACAACACUGUAACAGUAAGUUAUAUAAUCCUAUUCAGUAUUUUCAACAUACUGUCCACCACUCUUUCACAAAAUGAUUGAUUUCUUUGGGUGCCCUUUGAUUUUAAGUUUGGUUUUCGAUUGCAGUGUGUCUCCUCCUGGAAGUGAAUCUGAAAUUAAGUUUAAAUAAAACUUGAGGCUAAAAAAUAGUGACUAACAUAUUUCGUAUGCAUUUGAUAAAUUUAAACCUCAAAGUUUAACUGCUGUGGAAUGAAUUGCAGAAUUUGAAGCCUGAAUUCAGGCUUCGACGAGGCUCCAGCUCAUGCCUCUUCGAUGUCUUUUGGGCGUGAUGAAGCCACAUCUCAGGAGAGAGGCAAAUGUUCUUCGUUUUUUUCCCAUUAGAUUACAAUUGGCGAGACGAUUCCGUCGCGAAAAUCAUUCAACUCUCUCCUUCACUACAUUUAUCAUGGUGAUGUAUCAAUGCCUCCGGAGGAUUCACUGUAUCCUUUACACAUUUUUAACAGUGACCUGUACCUUUUUAAUUUCUUCUUAAUUUUUAAUUCUCUCUAUUUUGUUAACGUGGGAUAAAUGGUGGCUAAACUUUUGUUUCAAAGCUACAGUUUGCUUUUAAUCAGCGAACGCGCAAAAGGAGUAUUUUGAUCUAAUAAUGAAUGAUUAUCAAUGCCCUGCGGCUGAGGAUUUGACCCCGUGACUACCGUGAUAAUAAAGUAUGUGGCAGGGUGAGGGGUUUGGACGUUAUAGCUCCGCAAUACUUGUGCAUGCAUGCAGGUUUGAUAUUUUCCUUUACCCUUUGCAACCUAAAUUUAGCUUUUAUUGUUAUUCACCACGAUGAGUAACCACAACUUUUUUACGAAAUCAUUAUGCAUAUUCUCCAUACUGUUCUCUGUACAUCUACUAUAGUGCUGACAAAGAGAAUUUGAUUAACAAUCAAGAGCAUCAUAAGUUGAUGAUCAUUUCCUUUAUUCUCAUUACCUUAAUGUGUGGUUCAGGGGUGAUAUUGUAUGGAGAAACAAGAUUCUUGUCACUUUUAGGGGUUAAAGAGUAAAAAAGUAUUUCCCUUGUCCCGUCCGAUCGGCCUUAAGUUUUUAAUUUCCAGUUUAAACUGCUAAGUCGCUGAAUGUUAGGACUGUCACUUUUAAUUAUGUGCAGAUAUUUCAGUGUUCAACUAUUGUCUUUGAAACUGAGUUUUCUUUUGUUUUGCGUUAACUCUUUUCAAAAGAUAUCUUUUGUCUGCUCCUUAUUUCUUCGGUUUCACCAACAACCGCCUUCAGGUUGGUAUUAAAGAAAUGUAAAAUGGUUUCCGUGUUUACAUAGCCUGAUGUAAACACGCGGGAGGUUGGGAGAACACGAGAUAAGAGUAGGAAACCACGACGCGAAGCGGAGUGGUUUCAAGCUUAUCGAGUGUUCUCUCAACCUCCCAAGUGUUUACAUCAGGCAAUGUAAACACGGAAACCAUUUUACAUUUCUUUUAUAAAAUAAUUAAUGAAAGAGGAACGAAAACCGUGUUUACAUACGCUCAUGUAAGAUGGUUUUAUGGCCAAUCAGAGCGCGCGUACUAUUUGAAUUAUUUUAUAGUUAGCAUGGGUGCAUGGUUCUUUAUUUAUUAGCAGCCCUCGAUUUGGCCAAGCAGUGACCCUUAUUUACUAGAUGUGCAUCUUGAAAUGAUGAACUAAAAGGACUAAUGUAAUAGUUUUGGCCUAUCAGGGCCUAGUCAAGUGAACUGCGAAAAAACAGCGGCUAACGAACAUUAAAAAGGAGAAGCAAGCUUCAGAAACUAUUGGCUGUUAUAUUUACAUUUGAAGGAAAAUGUACAUGGUGUGACACGGACUGCCUUUAAGAUUCUGCAGAGUAAUCAACUUGUUUGAAAAUUUUCUUCAACUCGACUGUGAAUUUCUACUCGCUAUGCUGCCCUUUUGAAUCAUGUUCAGAAACCUGGUCUCUUGCCCAUAUGCAUGAUAAGAGGAAGUGGCACUCAUUUUUUUCUCUCUCUCUUGGCGAUCUGUUUUUGAACAACUGGAGCUACAUAAGGAGGCAUGCUGAAUUCAGAUAGUAAUUUUUUGGUUAAAACCUGAUCAGCAGCUGUUUGAUAACUGCAUUGUGGUUUGAGUCAUUUUGGAGCGCCAUGAAUUCGCGGCUGGUAUUGAGUUGUCCUCGAAAUGGCGUUGCCCAUAUUUGAGUUUUUAGCACAUUGUAAGACCAUUUCGAAAUAACUGGAUUGUUUAAUGACGGUCGUAUGGUUUCUGGAGCUCUCUUGUUCUUUCAUCAGAGAAGUUUUCGUCAGGAGUGGUUGAAACUCUGGGUGAAAGCUCUCGGUAGUUGCGAAAGAAUACCUGAGGGGAUUCGUAUGUAGAGAUUUGAUGGCCUGAGAUAAACUUGAAAGUGACUCUGAUGAUAGUAUGUUCAUGUCUACGAAUCUACACGAUAUCUGAGAUGUCAAUCAUUUUUUUCUUUUUUUAUUUGAUAGGCAUUCUGUAAACAGAACCUUGAAAUGAACGUUUCAUUUGAAAAUGUGGUUGAGGUAAGAGAACGCAUUGUUGUUAUUGUUUAGUGGAAUUAGCGAAUCUAGGGCGAGGGUUCGAAAAAUGAUUCCUGCCUUGGUGCCAUGUGCGAUUGAUUGUUGCCGACUAAUUAUCGAAUUACGUGACCAUUGACAUUGAUACACACGUCAUGAAGUGGUUUCAUUUAGUUUUUUUCAACCAUCUGUAUGGUCUAUGGUCUAUGGUACGCAAGAUAACCCUUCCCCCGAGUUACGCUGACUGAACUAACUUUUCAUUUAUUCCUUUGAAAAACUUAACCGACCAUUCACAUAAAGAUGGCGAACUCGUCUCGGAGUGCGAGACUCUCGGAAGGGCGAGUUGUCUUGCCAUGGCGGGUAGGGUAACCCUUUCACGUGGGACAAUUUUUUCUCAUGUAAAUACUUCGGCUCGCCUUCCCGAGACGAUGCGGCUCAAAUUUUUUUCCAAUUUGUAACCUGCCAUGCUUUUCACGAGAGAGACUGGUGAGGGGACAGCUGAUACAUCUCACAACUCCAUAUAAAUGCUCCCUAAAGUUGGGGGGGGGGGGGAAGGGUUGUGUUGGAUACCCAAGACUAAAUAAGAGGGGUCUAGAUAUACGUUCUGUAGGCCAGCACUUCUCUGUGGCUCUAAUCAUUUAUGAAAACCGUGUCUGUAUGGCGGAAACGUGUGUGCCACAAUUGUUUGUUUGUUUGUCUCGCCAUCAGUUUUGACAUUAUUUACUUGAUUCAUCAGCGUCCCAUCUAAGUGAGGUAACAAUAAUUCCAUUAUUUUCAUUUUCUGAAUUUAUACGUGCCUCCUUAUUUGAAACAGAUUCUCGAAGCGGCUCAUAGGAUUGGAGCUGCGGACAUGAAGAAACAUGCUCUGGAUCUUGUGGUUGGACAUUUUGUGAAGGUAACCGAGGCAUUGAAAUUCAUGGAUGAGGAGGCGAAACGGUGUUAGAAAUGGUUCCUGUGCUCCGGCGAAAAUUUCAGUAAUCACAAAUCCAAGAAUAAGCUUUCUUAGACGCGACAAGCAAGUACAUGGUCUGAACUCUUCCCAUACUCUGUUUCUUUCCACUUUUUUGCGUCUGAAAUCAUAACUCAUCUUGUCAACUUUACCAUGCUGACUAAGGAGGCCUAAUAAUGUCGAAACAGCUCAAAACGCUGCUUACUCCUAGGGCUCUUUUUCAUCUUCGUUGUUAGCUAAGAUCAUACUAUUGUUAUUACCAUUUAACAUCCUAGUGCACCUCAUGUUGCAUCAGCUGACUGUUUUCAUCAUUUUUUUUCCUUUUCUCGUGAUAGCCAAAUAGUAUAAUUGUUCUAUAGUGGGUUUUCAGUUAUUAUCUCACACUUCCUUUAUCGUGCAUUUGAAAAUUUGGUCAUUGUAAACUGAUUCUGCUUUAUCUCUACCUUCGUUGCCCAAUGAAGGUCGCCAAAUCUCCAAACCUCAGGAGACUAAGCCGAGAUCUACUCCUAGAGAUUCUGGACGCCAUAGCAGACUAUUUAAAAGAUUCAAACAUUGCUGUUCACCCACGGUGA